AUGGAGAAAAUCGAAACCAACGAGGACCGAAUCGAAGUCGAAGGUACGUUUCAGUGCAUUAUUACAAAAGCUGAAUCUGUACUCAGACAGCUAGAAUCGAACACGCGAUCCGUUCCUACGCAUAGUCCAGUACAACGUUCGAGCACGUUUGUAUCACCACCAAUCGUAUCGUUAGUACCUUCGUUCUUCGCGGACCAGUCUCUGGCACAUCCUCCAGCUGCAUCGUCAUCGUUAGAGUCUCCGGCACCUCCGCCGGCCGCAUCGUCAUCGUUAGAGUCUCUGGCACCUCCGCCGGCCGCAUCGUCAUCGUUAGCAGCUCCGUUAGUCAUAUGUUCACCUCCGAAUCCAUCCAAACGCUUCGAUAAAUCGCUACCUACGAGUGUAUCGCCAGUAACCGCUACUCCAGCAGCACAGAACUCCGUAUCCGCGUCAGUAACGACAUCCGAAUCGCCUCAUGAGUCGUGCGUCAUGAAUUCUGACGCAUCUGUGAGCUCAUCUACUCCUCUAGAAUCGAAAUCAAGCAGUAUCGUAUCUCAGGCAGUCACUCUCGCAUCUCUGUCAGUGAGUCAACCAGAAUCGCAUCCAUCGUGCGUUAUGUCGUGUAUACCGCGCACUUCCGGUCAUCAGAGUUCAGUUGAAAGCUCCAACGACUCGCAUACAGCAACGUUGGCUUCGGCGGCGGUAACAGAUACGCAUUCCGCACUUCCAAUGCAACGUAGCAUCGUGAACACCGCGUCAGUCAACGCUUCAUCGAACAUAACAGCUCAUAGAGAUGAGAAUGCACCGCAUCCACCUUCCAUGGCGGCGUCCAACGCGUUUGCCGCGCCUCUCCGCGUACCAGUCAUCCCAGUAAGCAGUGUGGUAGUUCCCACAUGCACCAGCACCGUUUCCAGCAUCUGUACUUCGCUUCCAACGCUCGAAUCCGCGUCAGCAGCACUGCCAGAAACAUCUGUUUCUGCCGCAGCAACCGAAACCCUAUCCGUACCUCCAAUACCAGUUCGUAGUGCGAAUGACGCGGCACAUGACGCGUCAUCGAUCGUUAUAAGUUGUUGCAACGAUCCACCAACCAGUACAACAGUUUCAGCAUCCACCGCUACCGUUUCUAUCUCCAGUUCCGCGUUCUCAACGCUCUCAUUCUUGCCAGUUUCAACGCAAGCGAUGUCCGCUUCAGUGGUGUCAUUCAAAGCGCACCACGUACCACGUAGCGUCGUCUCCGCAAUACUUACGCAUUCAUACACACCGGUAGUCGCAUCCAACACGUCAUCUGUACCAGUCUCCGCGCGCAACGCGCCAACCACCGCUCCCAAUGCGCCAGCUACCGCAAACUGCGCGCCAGUUUUGACGCUUCAUGCGCCACCAGUUACCGAACUUGCAGUUCGAGUUUUGACGCCUCCUGCACCAGUUCCAGUUGCGUCAGUCACCUCGCAUCCUACGCUACCUGUACUAGAAUCCGCAUUCGUCAGUGAUGUUCCUAACAUCAUCAGUACCUCGCCUCCGGCACCAGUACCUGCGCUCACAUCGGUGUUAGCAGUACAACAAGAGCCACCUAAGCCAACAGCGGCCCUAGUAACGAUUUUCGCACCUAGAACACUAGUCAGCUGCGCAAAUACCGCGCCAGUUGACCACGUAUCGAACGUAAUAGUUUCUAGCAACGAGCUAGCACUGCAUUCGCCUACCCCAGCAACAGCUGUUGCGUUUCCUGCUCCUUCACGCACCUGUAUCAGCUCAGCAAACUGGUCCGUAGUCUCCACAGUCGCAACCACCGCUUCUAGUACCAUAUCCGUACCAGUACCGCCUCUGCAGGCAGCGCCAGCUCCCCUAGCAGCAUCUGCAUCACACAACGCGUCUUGUAGCAUCGAUUCAACCGCAUCUGCGCAAUCACACGCGCUUCCUGCUCCAGUAAUCGUAUUUGCAUCCGUGGAUUCGCUAUCUGCAUCAGUAUUCACACCAGAAAUCGCGCUAUCCGCACCUGUGUCAGUGAGACCGGGCCCAGUAGCAGCGGCGCCGGCCUCUGCAUUCGUUCUACAGCAAGCUGCGCCAUUCUCCGCUCAAGUGAGCGUCAAUGCGCCAUUUGUCGCAUUAGUACCAGUGUCAGCCACACAAACGGUCGCGCAAUUCGUACCAGCAGUUGCUCUUGAGAGCGCUGCAUCCAUCAGCAACGCAUCUAGAAAUCAGAUCGCAUCGUAUCCGUUCGCAGCGGCGGUGGCAGUGGCAUCUGCUGCGCCUCCCAACUCACCGUUCAUCUUACACGCGUAUAAGCAGUCCCAGUUGCACUGCACUACGUUGCCCGCACUACAGUCCGCCUAG